GGCCUUCAAAUGUCAAGUCACGAGGAUACGCCUCUUGAGAAUGACUGAAGAGUACACGAGCAAGACAUGCACUGGCUGUGGGACAAUAAAUGCCACAUUGUCUCUGGCUGGCCUACCGCACAUUUCACUGUGCCUCGUGCAAAUUGUUUGUUCACCGCAACAUCAACGGUGCGCGCAACACCCUCAUCAAAUGUCGCAUCUCAGUAAGACACACACAUGGAGUGUGUUCAUGCUCCGAUAAAGAAAUUACUAUCUCUGUUCUGUUUCUAAGGAGCACAGAAGGGUAUGAUCAUGAAUGGCAACCCUACUUGACUUUAAAAGCUCACAACCCCUUGUGCAUACGCAUUAUACAGUUCUACAUGUCAACGGUAUCUGUCAAGCUACCGAUACCAAAAAAAUACACAACAUACACAUAGCUCAUAGAUCAGCAUGACUUGACUCUCAAACUGCAGUGAUUGUGUCUACAGAAUUGCCUCCAAGUGUUCUCCAUAAACGCAAUUCGUAGAAGCUCAAGUAUCAAUUCUUCUAACAUCGGCUAUAUUGCGUUUCCGAGGUAACCACCGGCAAUGGGGUUAUGCGGCGCUUACCACCUUUGGAAUACAAAAGUUUAAAAUGCAGUG